UGUUGAUGCUCUUUACAUUUUUAGGGCAGAAAGUCUAGACUAGAUUUUUUUCAGGCUACAAGUGAAUUUUAAAGAAAGAUCUGUGUGACUGGGAGCUUCAACUCGUUUUGUCCUGGAGUGAACUUUGAAGAGAAGACCUUACAGGAAUUUGGAAUUACCACUAACAGCACCAUAAGAAGCACAACAUGGAGCAGAAGUUACUGAUGAAACAGACAAGUUUUGUUUUACUGGGACAGUCACACCUGCACUGCAAAUCAUACAGACUGAUGGUGUGAUGUCAUUAAUAGACCUUUAUUUGCUAUUAAGUUUAAAAAACAGUAAGUGGAGUAAAGUGACUAAUGACCCUGAAAGUAGUUUUUAAGGGUAGUAAGUCAGUAUGAUUAACUAAGAACUCCAACUGCUAUUUUAUGACAACUAUAUUUUUCCCUAAAAUUCAUAACUGACAUAAUUAACAAGCCAAGCAAAAGCUUUUAUUUACAGUUAGAAAAGCUGGUCUAGUAGGCCAAGAUGGCUGACCACUACCAGAACAACAUAUACAACCAGGGAGACUAUCCUCUUCAGGGAGACUACCCUCUUCAGGGAGACUACCCUCUUCAGGGAGACUACCCUCUUCAGGAAGACGAUGCAGCAAGUGAUGUGACUGAAGGACAUGAUGAAGAGGAUCAGAUGUAUGAAGGAGAAUAUCAAGGGAUUCCACAUCCUGAUGACACAAAGGCUGCACAGAGAGCUGCAUGGGCUAAACCUCAAACAGGUAGCAGUGCAGCAUCUGAUCUAGAGGAGUUAUCUGAGCAGUAUGAGUACAUCAUGGAAGAAUGUGGUCAUGGGAAAUUCCAGUGGAUGCUCUUCAUAGUGCUGGGCCUGGCUCUAAUGGCUGAUGGAGUUGAGUGUUUUGUGGUUGCAUUUGUUCUACCGUCUGCAGAAAAGGACCUGUGUCUGUCCAAUGCAGAGAAAGGAAUGCUGGGUCUCAUCGUUUUCCUGAGUAUGAUGGUGGGAGCAUUUCUGUGGGGAGGACUGGCAGACAAAGUUGGCCGUCGGCAAUGUCUGAUUCUGGCAUUAUCUAUAAACUGUAUCUUCGCAUUUAUGUCUUCCUUCGCUCAGGGUUACAGCUUCUUUCUCUUCUUCAGACUUCUUUCUGGCAUUGGUAUUGGUGGCACAGCACCGAUCGUCUACUCGUACUUCUCAGAAUUCCUUCAGAUGAACAAGAGAGGAGAGCAUCUGUCCUGGUUGUGUAUGUUCUGGAUGAUUGGUGGGAUCUAUGCUUCAUUCACUGCCUGGGGAAUUAUACCCAGAUAUGGCUGGGGCUUCAGUAUGGGCACAGAAUUUCAGUUCCACGCCUGGCGAGUGUUCGUCUUGGUUGCGGCUCUCCCUGCAAUUGCUUCUCUGGUUGGACUUACCUUUAUGCCUGAGAGCCCACGUUUCCUCCUGGAGAAUGGCAAACAUGAUGACGCGUGGAUGAUCCUAAAACAGGUCCAUGACACUAACUGGAGAUCCAAGGGGCAGCCGGAAAAAGUCUUCACUGUGGUGCACAUCAAGACACCGAAAACAACUGAAGACGGUUUUUUCGAGGUUCAGAGUGCAACAAGAACACCUGUACAACGAUGGGCUGUACGCUCACUGACACUCUGUAAACUGGUGUUGAGGAACGUGGCAUCUCUCCUUUCUGCAGAGCUGAGAUUUGCUACACUCUUCAUGGCUGUCAUCUGGUUCUGCAUGGCUUUCAGCUAUUAUGGCUUGUCUGUGUGGUUCCCUGACAUGAUCAAACACCUUCAGCACGAAGAGUAUGUGUCUAAGGUCCAGGUUAUCCAUAAAAAACAAGUGGAGAACAUGAUUUUUGACUUUCCUUUGGAGAACCAGAUCCAUGAAGAAGUAGUAUACAUCCGUGACAAGUUCAUCAAUAUAGAGAUGAAGUCAGUGAAAUUUAAAGACUCUCUGUUUGAAGACUGUCACUUUGAGAACAUCAGGUCCUCUGAAACAGUGUUUGAGAACUGCACCAUCUACUCCACUGUCUUCUACAACACAGACCUGUGGGAGGCGAAGUUUACUGACUGUAAGAUGGAGAACACCACCUUUGAACACAACAAGCAUGGCUGCCACCUAGAUACUGCUAAGGAGAAUGAUGUCCUCAUCUACCUGGUCAGCUUCCUAGGCAGUCUGGCAGUGCUGCCAGGCAACAUCAUCUCAGCUCUCUACAUGGAGAAGAUUGGCAGAGUAAAGAUCAUAGGUGGCUCCAUGCUGAUUUCCGCAGGCUGUACAUUUUUCCUGUUUCUAAGCUUCAGCCAAUCAGCAAUCAUUGCACUACAGUGUCUGUUCUGUGGUGUUAGUGCAGCUGCAUGGAAUGGAAUUGAAGUGGUGACUGUGGAACUGUAUCCAGCUUCAAAGAGAGCAACAGCUUCUGGUGUGCUGAAUGCUCUGUGUAAACUGGCUGCUGUUCUCGGCAGCUCCAUCUUUGCUAGCUGUGUGGGAAUCACCAAAGCCAUCCCUAUUCUACUGUCCUUUACUGCGCUGGUGUGCGGCGGCCUUGUAGCCCUCAACCUGCCUGACACGCAACAGAAAAUUCUCCAGUGAAGUGAUACGAGUGUGCUGAGGUGGGAAUGAGGGGGGUAAGGAAGAGGCCAAAACCCAUCUACUUCUUGUUGGAGGCUAAUGAGUUUACCUUGACUCUGAACUUGAAAAAAGACAAGACUUGGAACAACUCACAACUGUUUAUUAGAACAAUUUUUUUCAGGUUGGAGGUUUUAGACCAGGAAAAAGCAGGUUUAUGUUUUUCUGUAUUUCUGUAUGAGUCCUUAUUGAUGCCAUGAAUCCACUAAGGCAGUUGACAUACUAACCAUUUAAUGAUUUGUUUGACUUACGUGGACAGAUGUUUUUUGAAUGUUUAAAGCACGCGCUGUAAUAUAUUCUGUCUUCCUACCACUAUUUACAUGCAUGUCAGGGGAAAAAAGUGUUAUCUGUAAUUUGCACCUUAAAAGUUUUUCCAACACUUUUAGCAAAUAACCUGCUUGAAAUCAUGGGACAAAAAGUUAAAUAAAGAUUUUCCGAUUUCAACAAACUCUACUUACAAACAUGUAACCCAAACUGUUUACACCAUGCCUUAAAGCUUAUACAUAGUGACUUCACAUUUGUGACUACAAAUGUGUUAAAACUGUAGUGACUUAAGGCAGCAAAGACAGACUUGGGUAAGCUCUGUUAUCAAUAUUUCAUAGCUUAAAAAUCUGCUUUAGCUUUUCUUUAUACUAAAUAAAUAAGCUAGUCCUUGUAAACAGUGGCUAAAUAACCUAGCUUAACAAACUAGCCCCAGACUGUAACAGAUUUUAUGUGAUCAGUGUGAUUAAAUCACAUACUUCUACAUAUUAACGUCAAGAUUAGGUUUUGAUGACAGAAAUGUGAUGCUGUUGCUCUGUGAAUUUUUGCAGGGGUGAUCUCACUCAUUCCAGUUCCCACGUGUCUUUAUGUCUUGUAAUGUUAAUACUGUUCUAGUUUGGAUUUUCACAUAUGAUAAUACUGCACUUGUCUGUAUAUGUCAUCUGUAAUACACAAUCAGUUAAUUCACUGGUGAUUCUUAGUUAAACUGAAAAUAUUAGCAACAUAAGUGAAAUCCCCUUUUCUGAAAGUUUAUUUUAAGUUGUUUUGAACUGUUGGUGUCAGUUUUAAGGCAGUGGGAUAUGGGGAUCACUAUUUUCAAAUAUUUUUAACCAGAUGUUUGACUGAUUCAUUGUGAAAAUAACCUUCAGAUCAACCUCUUAACAUCCAGUAUAUUAUUGAAAAACCAUCCAGGAUUAGGGUCAAGGACAGGAGUAGACUUUGGUAACUUGCAUGUUUUUUUUAAGAACUGUUGCCUCUUUUGCCCACCAACAUCUGUAAACAGAAUUAAGUGAAUAACUGUAUGGCACAAAUGUAUGCAACAUCAUAUGAAAUGUAGUAUCUUCCAGUUUCUGAAAAUGUACUUGUUUAUUAUAAGGAUAAAAUACAGCCUUUAAAAAUAACCCUCAUUGUAAACUUGUUGUUUUUAAGAGAUUAAUCAUUAACAAACAGUAAUUGUGAGACUGGAUGAAGCAGACAAAUUUAUUUUAUUGACCUGCAGGACAGAGAACAUUUGAACUUACAUCCUCUAGACUGAAGAAAUACAUAACCUUUAAUAGGAUCCUAACAAGAGAUAUAUUGGUGAUUCUGAAAAUGUAAUAUUUAGGAAAAUGGUUCUUCAAGCAUUCUGCUUGGCAACCUCUUUGCACUAACCCCUUUUUAAAAAGAUUUGGAUGAUUGUUAUUGUUGGAUGGUCAUUCUUGCAGCAUCAAUUCACCUGCAGUUUUUAACAGCUCAUUGCAAUUAACUGAGAUUGUCACGAUCCUGGGUCUUAUGACCCAGCGGUUUCAGUUUCUUGUGUUUUGUCAUUUUGUAUUAUGGUUUUAGUCCACCUUGUUAGUUUAAAGUUUAGUUCUAGUCCCUAGGUUGUUAUGUUUAGCUUUUGGUUGUUAGAUUUCCCCGUGUCGUUGCUCCUGUGUUCCCUCUGUGUAUCUGUGUUCAUAUAGUUCUCACUUCCUGUGGCUUGUUUCCCCUUGUGUUUUAUUCCAUGUUUCCCCAGCCCGUUAUGCUCUCCCUGUGCUCUCUCUACCCUCCGGUCUGCCUCUGUGUCCUUCCUGUGUUACGUUUAAGGCCCGCGUCUUGGGUCAGUAUUUUCAGUUUCGUGUCCUCCCUGUCUUGUUAUGUGUAAUUGUCCUCAGCUGUGCUGCCCGUGUGUUCCCACGUCUCUCAUUACCUUCUGUGUAUUAUGUCAGAAUCUCCCUCUGUUCCGUGUUGCGUCAUCCAUCAGUGUUGUGUGCGUUUCCCCGUGGCUUCCCUGUGCCUCCCUGUGCCUUAGUUCAUCCCAGUGUAGUUUUAUAUUGCCCUUUGCCAUUCUGUUAAUAAAGCUGUGUUUUGAAUUUAUCCCUGCAUGCUGUUAGUCCUGCCUUUGGGUCCUCUCCUGCCUGCACACAGCCGGUUCCUGACAGAGAUGCUUAUGAUCAGUGAAUAUUGCAGUCACAUUAUUUAAAGUUAAUAGAAUAUUUAUCUGUGUAUUGAAGUCCAACAUUUUGUCUUUUUUGAUGUUUCCGCAUGAGUACUGUACUGGACUCUACUGGAUUACUGUCAUGUGCUGGGUCUUUUGACCCAGCAUUUUGAUUUCAUGCCUUUUUGUAUUAUGAUGUUGUUUGUAUAGUUUAGGUUUCAGUUAGUUCUGUUUGAGUUCUCUGUUUCCUUGUUUAGGUUCCUCCCACGUAGGUGUCUCUCCCACUAUGUUGGUUAUAGUGCUGUGCCUUCAGCGUGUGAGUCUGUCAUGUCCCUUUGUGUUUUACUUUGAAAU